CCCCCCCGGGGGCGGCCCCCUGCUCAUCCCCUCGGCCUUCGGGACGGUGCUGUCGGUGAUGUACGUGGCCGGGGUGGCGGGCAACGUGUACACGCUGGUGGUGAUGUGCCACUCGGCGCGGUGCGCUGCCCCCAUGUACAGCUCCAUCGUCAGCCUGGCCCUGGCCGACCUGCUCUACCUCUCCACCAUCCCCUUCAUCGUCUGCACCUACCUGGCCCAGGACUGGUACUUCGGGGACCUGGGGUGCCGCAUCCUGUUCAGCCUGGACCUGCUCACCAUGCACGCCAGCAUCUUCACCCUCACCCUCAUGUGCACGGAGCGCUACCUGGCCAUCACCCGGCCCCUGGACACCCUGAAGCGGUCGCAAGGCUACCGGAAGGUCACGGCGGGGGCCGUCUGGUCGGUCUCGCUGCUCCUUACGCUGCCCAUGAUGCUGAUGGUCACCCUGACCGACGGGGUCAAGAUCGAGGGCAAGGUGAAGCGGAUAUGUGCACCCACCUGGGGCACGGACGCCUACCGGACCUACCUGACGGUGCUCUUCAGCACCAGCAUCAUGGCCCCAGGAAUCAUCAUUGGCUGCCUCUACACACGCCUGGCCCGGACCUACCUGGAGUCCCAGAGGAACCCCCCCCACAAGGAGAAGAGCAAGAGAUCCCCCCGGCAGAAGGUCCUCAUCAUGAUUUUCAGCAUCGUGCUGGUCUUCUGGGCCUGCUUCCUGCCGUUCUGGAUCUGGCAGCUGGUGCGACUCUACAGCAGCCCCCUGCAGCUCACCACCCAAACCCAAAAGUGCAUUAACUACCUGGUGACCUGCCUGACCUACAGCAACAGCUGCAUCAACCCCUUCCUCUACACCCUGCUCACCAAAAACUACCGGGAAUACCUGCGCAACAGGCACCGCAACUUCUACAGGUUCACAUCCUCCUUUCGAAAGAGGGGCUCCAACCUGCAGUGCUCCUGGGGACGGUCCACGUCCUCCAGCAACCAGUACGACUACAGCUCAGAGGCCCUGGGCAUGGCCACGCUGAAGGACAAGUGAGGAAGAGGAGGCGCUCCAGAGACACCAGGACCAGAAGAGCGUCUGGCCAAGGGCUUCUCUCAUUCCAUUUGACGUCAUGUUCCGUCCCCAGAGGAAUUACAUCAAGACUGGAUCCCCAAUGCCAUGGUCUGGGUUGCAAGUGAAGGAGAUGG